AGUUUUGGAGGGCACAUUUGUGGACGGGAAGCGGACCGUGCGCUUACCGGGUGCGGAUUUGCCAAGGCGGAGCGGCGGCGGCUGCCCUCACCGCAGCCAGGCAGGGCAGACUCGCCCGUCCGCUCGCUCGCUCUCUUUUUCCCUCGCGCGCAGGCGGCUGCGGGGACCGGGAGCCCGGCGGCGCCAGACGCUCUGCGGCAGCCUGCGGUACAAGGAAAUGCUAGAUCUAGUGACAUCACCCAGCUUGACUGUAAAUAGAGAACACCCUGACAUUCUGAAGCUUAACCUUUCUAACACUUAUGCCACGGUUCCAGAUGACAUAGAAGGCAACACCAAAGCUGCGCCUCAGUGUUCUCUUCAUCUCUACUCUACAAAACAUUAUCCCCAUAUAGUAACUGUCCCAUCCUUUCCAACGAUGGCCACAUAUGGACAGACUCAGUACAGCACAGGAAUCCAGCAAACUGCUGCUUAUACUGCAUAUCCGCCACCUGGGCAACCUUACGGAAUACCUUCCUAUAGCAUCAAAACAGAAGACAGCCUGAGCCAUUCACCGGGGCAGAGUGGGUUCCUUAGCUAUGGAUCUAGCUUCAGCACCGCAACAUCAGGACAGGCACCCUACACCUACCAGAUGCAUGGUACCUCAGGGAUUUACCAGGGACCCAAUGGCCUGACGAGUUCUGCAGGGUUCAGCACAGUGCACCAGGAGUAUUCUUCAUAUCCCAGCUUCACCCAAAGCCAGUAUUCGCAGUAUUACAGCUCUUCCUACAAUUCUUCGUACAUGUCUGCAAAUAGCAUCAGCCCGUCAGCUAUCCCAACGUCAACCUACUCGCUCCAAGAGUCAUCACACAACAUCAACAGUCAGAGCACUGAAUCACUUUCUGGUGAAUAUACAACACCUGUAAAAGACACAGAAACAGACAGGCAGUACAGAGGGACUGAUGGAAAGCUACGAGGUCGAUCAAAAAGAAAUAAUGAUCCCUCCCCAACAGCUGACACUGAAAUUGAGCGUGUUUUUGUGUGGGACUUGGACGAGACGAUAAUUAUUUUUCACUCCUUGCUCACGGGAACGUUUGCAUCCAGAUACGGGAAGGACACUACCACAUCUGUGCGGAUAGGCCUUAUGAUGGAAGAAAUGAUAUUCAACCUUGCAGAUACACAUCUGUUCUUUAAUGACCUUGAGGAUUGUGACCAGAUACACAUAGAUGAUGUAUCAUCAGAUGACAAUGGACAAGAUUUAAGCACAUAUAAUUUCUCAGCAGAUGGCUUUCACAGUUCAACUGCUGGAGCAAAUCUUUGUCUGGGCUCCGGAGUUCACGGUGGAGUUGAUUGGAUGAGGAAAUUAGCAUUCCGCUACCGGCGGGUGAAAGAACUCUACAACACCUACAAAAACAAUGUCGGCGGUUUAAUAGGAGCUCCUAAGAGGGAAACCUGGCUGCAGUUAAGAGCAGAACUGGAAGCUCUGACUGAUCUCUGGCUAACACAUGCUUUAAAAGCUCUGGAUUUGAUACAUUCCCGGCCUAACUGCGUAAAUGUUUUGGUGACUACGACCCAGCUUAUACCAGCACUUGCAAAAGUGCUGCUGUAUGGAUUAGGUCCAGUCUUCCCCAUUGAAAAUAUUUAUAGCGCAACAAAGACAGGCAAAGAGAGCUGUUUUGAAAGGAUAAUGCAGAGGUUUGGACGGAAAGCGGUGUACAUUGUAAUAGGAGAUGGUGUUGAAGAGGAACAGGGGGCAAAAAAGCACAACAUGCCAUUCUGGAGGAUCUCCUGUCAUGCUGACCUUGAGGCCUUGCGGCACGCACUGGAGCUAGAAUACUUGUAGCAGAACCGGAUGUCUCCCUGGUGGGCUUCACCAGCACUCCUGAAGACACAAUCUAUUUUACUGGCAUUUUCUUCAGGUGGAGCGCUUUUGUAUGAAAAUCUUUUAAAAGAAUCUGCACCAGGAACACAGCAUAACAAAGUUUCCUUUUUUCUUUGGAUGGAAUGACCUAAUAACUGGAUGCUUAGAACUGAAGUGGGACUUUUGCUAUGUAAAUUACUUCCAGGGAUGCAGAAAAAGCCAGUCCCGGUUUAAUUCAUUCGGAGUUUUUUUCUUGCUUUAAUAAAUGGAAAGAGGGUGGGAAAACAAGACAUGGAGUUUCUAAGUGUAUUUGAUGGACAGUUUUAUCAAUUCAGAUGAGUUUCUGAGGGGGGAAAAGAUUGAAAUAGAUGAUUCUUUUGUAUUUUUUUAAUUUAUGAACUAAUCCUAUUACUCUGAUAUUAAGCUCAGUACCUGUGUUUGUAUCUGCUGGGUUGGAUGGACUCAGCCCAUUCUAAUUUAAUAGCUCUUUUCCCCAAGGUAAAUGUGUGGAACAAUCAUUAUCAUGUCCAUUUGAAAUGAGCACAUUUGGGACUGUUGGUGUAAGAACUAUAGCUAGUUUUUAAAACUGUGGCAUGUGGGCUGCGCACAUGUCUACGUAGGCUGCCAUCUUGUUUUCACAUGGUCAGGAGGAAGAAUUACCUUGUGAUGAAUGAGUGGCAAUAAAACCGUUUACAAUGUUCGGGACUAAAAUGAUUACUUUUUGACAUGGAUUAAGCUUGUUACCUUGCUUGUUUUUUAUUUUGUAAAGCAGAGAGCAGGAAGUUGUGGCCCUCCAGAUGUCGCUGGACUCCAACUGCCAUCAUCCCCAGCCAGCGUGGCCAGUGACCAGGGAUGGGGAGCUGUAGUCCAACUGCUUGGAGGGCCACAACUUCCCCAUGCCUGUUGUGCUUAAAUACACUCAACACUUCCCUGCUGGUGGCUGCAUACAUGCCAACACAGCCAGAAGGUAUGAAGAUUGCUAGGUCCAGUUCCUGAGAGGGCUCCUAUCCAGUGAAAGAUUUUGUAGAAGGAAGAAUUAAGGGUGGGAUAUAAAUUUAAUAAAUAAUAGUAGGGGUAGUAGAAGCAGGGCAGCUGCACUUACCUGACCUCCCAUCACCGGUCCCACUGCUGCAUACUGGAAGAAGGAUGAAGAGGCAGCAUGGUGCAAAUGCACCGAUGGAGCCAAUUGGGCACUCAUGCCUGUGUGUUUGCACCCUGCUGCCAUCUCACCCCUCUUCCUCCCGCUAAGCUGCAAUGACACUGGUGACAGGAGGUUUGGUAAGCACCACUGCUCCACCCCGCCAACCACUACGGAGUAGCAACUGAAAAGGGGGAGAGACUGUGUCCCUGGGGCAGCACUAGUCAGAUGUAUACUGGUGUUUUGCCACUUUAAAGAUGUUUCAAGGAUGACUUUUUUAUGGUAACAAGGCUUUGCAGAACGCAGCCCUAAAAUGUAUCUCCCUUGAGGAAGAGAGCCCCUUGAAGUAUUAGGAAGGAGCAUGUGCUUGCCCUUGGAUGCUAGGGAUUGAAGGAUCUGUCAAUUUUCGUACUCUCAGAUUUUCUUUUCUCCAGUCUUAAAUUCAGGUCUUCUCAUUUCUGCAGCAAUUUACCAUUUUAAAAAAUAAAA